UGGAUGGUGUUGCUGCUGGGACUGUGUGGGGAGACGAAUGAAAGGAUGAUUGAGGCUGUGAAAGAGUUCCUGGAGAGAAUGUGGCGUGCCAGAUGCAGGAACUAGUGGUGUGAAAGAUGGUGAUUGCCCUUUUUGUUGUCUGGUAUUCUUUAUGUUCCCUACAGGAGCUGCCGAUACAAAGGCCUGACCCAGAAGAAAUUCUGCGUCACCUGUACCAUCAAGAUCAAGAUCAAGAACGCGAGAAGAGGAAGUGAGCACUGACUCAGCCACUGAGCAGAAGGAAGGCAGACGGCUGGCGAUCACAUUGACAGACAUUGACGUCCAGGCAUUCAAACGUGCAGCAUGGCAGACGACAACUUGGCAAGACAGAAUGAUGAAAUAGAAGCGCUGGCAUCCAUCUACGGCACAGACUUCCACACAGAGAGUGCCGAGCACCGCACCUACAGUGUGGAGGUGAAUGAGGCACGGCUGUCUGCCCUCCUGCAGGUGACCAUGCCCUCAGACUACCCUGCUGAGGCUCCUCCUACUUACAGCCUCAGUGCUCCGUGGCUGAAGGGUCUCCGCCGGCAGGAACUGUGUGGUCACCUGGAGGAUAUUUACCUAGAGAAUACCGGGGAGAGCAUCGUGUACCUGUGGGUGGAGAGAAUACGGCAGUUCAUGGUGGAGUUCGGGGAGGAGGAGGAAGAACAGGAGUCACAGACAAAAGAGGUCAUCACUCUUCAGGACACCCCAAAGGAACCCACUGAAGAUAUGAACUGCCCCGAAAUAUUCUCUGGUGAAAUUAUAUCCGACCGCAAGAGUGUUUUCCAGCCUCACCUUGCAGCUGUCCAUUGCCAGGCACAGGUUGGGCAAGUGUUAAGGAAGCUGUAUGAGAACAAGAAGAUUGCCAAUGCCACCCACAACAUGUAUGCCUAUCGCUUCCUUGCUGACGGCUCCUCACACGUCACCCAGGACUGUGAGGAUGAUGGGGAGGACCACGCUGGUGGCCGCAUGUUGCAUCUCCUACAGAUUCUCGAUGUGUCUAACGUGAUGGUGGUCGUGUCUCGUUGGUUCGGGGGCAUCCUUCUCGGCCCGGACCGCUUCAAGCAUAUCAACAACGCCACACGGCAAAUUCUCGACUCUUGCGGCUACAUUGUCCCGCGGCAUGACACCACCGGCAAGAAGAAGAAAAAGGGGAAAUAACACUACGCAAAAUGGUCUUUUUGUCUUGUUCCCCUUCACUUUGUUGGUUCCAGGAAGUGUGGAGGUCUCGGAAGAUGUGAUUUAUUGUGGAGUUUAUACUUUAUAUAGUUUUUAUUUAUUUGAUGUUUUGUAAGACGAGAAUUUGGUCUCAUUUUCACUUCACUUUGUUGGCGUCAGGAAGUGUUGGAGGUCUCAGAAGAUGUGAUUUAUUGUGUUGUCUAUACUUUAGCAUAUGCUGUUUUUACUUAUUUGAUGUGUUUAAGAGGGAAUUCUUGUGUAGGGCAACAAAACAGGAUCUUGUCUUGCAUUUCCUUUCACUUUGUUGGUGCCAGGAAAUGGAAGUUUUAAAAAAUGUGAUUUAUUGUUCCAUUGCACUUUGUCAUAUGCUUUUUUUAUUUAUGUUGUUUACGAGAGUGGAUUCUGGUCUAAGCAACAAAAAAGGCAAGAAGAUAAAGGCUGACUGAUAGUGUGUUCUGCGAAAAAGUGCAGGUUAUAAUGUGAUAUGGAGUGUUGGAUUUUGUUACUGAUAUUGAGUGUUGGUAAUUCUGUGCUGUGGGAAUUUGUAUAUGUGUGGGAGUGUAUGUGUGUUUGUGUGUCUGUGUGGGAAUGUGUGUUUGUCUAAUUAUUGAGGAAGGUUGUCUAGUCUUUGCCACACUGAGGUUUAACUGAGGUGAUAAAGGAAGGAGUUAAGAGUGGAUAGGAGAGAAGUGUAUAUGUGUGUGUGUAAUAGAGAAUUGGGUCGAUGGUAGAGAGAAGCUGUGUGUGUGUGUGUGUGUGUGUGUGUGUGUGUGUGUGUGUGUGUGUGUGUGUGUGUGUGUGUGUGUGUGUGUGUGCUGAUAAUGGUUGGUUAGUCUGUGGCAUGCUGAUGGAUAAGCUAGGAGAGGUAAUGAGUUAAGAGUGGAUAGAAGGGAAAGGAACAUGGAUGCUCUCUUUUAUUUUUUUCACUCAUUAAUAUUCCUAUUCAGGGAGACACUAUAUCAUAACGAAACACUGUAUUUCUACCUCAUACAUAAGCACACAAAGAUCUACGUAUAAAAUGACAAGAGAUGUUUAUGAAAGAUAUAUUACUUUUAUAUUUCACUGGAGCUUUUUAAUCCUUUAUUCUUUUAUUGACAUUUUAUUCUUUGAAAAAUGAACAUGCUGCAGUGCUUUUCACUUCUGCAUGUCCUUUCCUUACCUAGUCAACCUAUUACUUAAUUAGUCUUACUGCCAGACAAAUUUUCAUCUACUGUCACCUAUGAUUCUAGCCCCUUGUGUACUUCUUCCUCUGGUGUCGGCAACUCUUACAUAUCAUCACCAGUAACCUCUCUUGUACUAGUUUUGUAAAAUAGUUCUAUAGUCCAUGCAAGAUUAACCUGUUCUCUCCUUCGUUUUCUGUGUCCCUGUGAACAAUUUUUACUAAGCUGUGAGUGUUAGCGAAGGAUGGCCAGAGCAGAGCAGUAGUGAUGCAUGAUGGGUGUGGGUGAGUGUACAGUGUGGUGAGAGGUGUGACUCCUGGCUUGGAAUGCACUGUAAUGGCUACUGUAAUAUAUAUGUAUGUAUUGCUUUAUCCUUUAUUUGUGGUUUUAGAUUCCUUUUGUCUAAAACCUUUAUGUUUAUUUAUUGAUUUAAAACACCAGUCAAGGGCACAAAAUUUAUGUACAGAAAGACCCACUAUGAUGUCAGUCCCCCGAAAAAAAAAGAGUCAAUUAAGAGAUCAGAGGAAAUAUCAUUUUUUUUUUUUUUUUUUUUUUAGUGUAUAAAUAUCUAUAUCUCUUAAGUUAGUGUGAUUGUGAAUACCUAAAUGUCUUGUGUUUGGAAUGGUGUGAAUAUGAUAAGAUGUGAACCAGGUGUUAUAUUUUGCUUUAGUUGUGGUUUAGCAGGAAAAGAAGGAGUUGAUAAGCUCCUCCUGAUAAGCUUGUGGUGUUAGCUAGAGUUCACACACCAUUCAUAGCAGCAAACACACUCAAACAGAGCUUAUUUAAACAGCAUUAGUAUAUAGAAAGAUUCACUUUGGUAACUCAAUACAGGAAGAAUUAAGAAUGUAGACACACUGCCAGACUUGACAGAGCAACAAGAUAGGAGGAAAUAAGGACAUAGACUUUGCCAAACUCAACAAAAUAGGAGAUAAGAAUGUAGAAAGAGUCACUUUCCAAGGCUAAAUUGAAUAAGACAGGAGACAAAGAUGUAAACACACACUUUCCCAAACAGCAGGACAGCAAUACAGGAGGACAAAGAUACAGACUUUGCCAAACUCAACUAAACAGGAGAUAAAGAUGUAGAGAUUCACUUCCAAAUGCUAACUAAGACAGCAAGACUGGAAGAGAAGGAUACAGACACGCACUCCCAAACAACAGGACAGCAAGCUAGAAGGAUGUAGAGAUAAAUUUUCCAAGGCUAACUAAGACAGUAAGACAGGAUGAAGAUAAGGAUACAGACACACUCCCACACAAUAGGACACCAAGAUGGAAUAAUGUAGCGAUGAAUUUUCCAAGGC